UGAUUUUCGAAACAAAAUUAAACAAAUGGCCUACGCCAAACCGCAAUGUGAAACCGAGCCCAUAACCGUGAUUGGAAUGUCAUGCCGAAUGCCAGAUUCUUGCGGCGUGGACGAAUACUGGAAGACAUAUUUGGACGGAAAAAGCGUCAUUCGGCCACAUCCUGAUGGGCGUUGGACCACCGAGCAAAUUGGCGCAAUGGGAAACAUUAGAAUCGAGUGCGGCUUUGUACCUUGUUCCGUGGACGAAUUUGACGGUGAUUUUUUUGAAAUGAGUCCAGUUGAGUGUAACUUCACUGAUCCACAACAAAGAUCAUCAACCGAAGUUUCAUGGGAAGCACUAGAGGAUGCAGGAAUUAACCCGCAAUCUCUCGCUGGUAGCAUGACCGCCAUAUAUUCCGGAUGUUGGACACAAGACUACAACGAUUUAAUACAAAAAUUUGCACCUCCGUCUACCGGUGAGCUAAGAUGGUAUAUGGGAAACAGCUACGCAGCAGGAGCAGCACGAUUAGCACAUAUUUACAAGGUUAGAGGCCCUAACCUGGGAGUUGAUGUUGCGUGCUCUUCUUCUUUUGUUGCGGUUGGCCAAGCAGUACAUGAUCUAAGACGUGGGGCUGCCAAUCUUGCAAUCGCGACUACGGCAAAUCUCAUAAUCAAACCCACCUACCAGAAUGACGUCGUCUUAUCAAAGGACUCCAGGUGUAAAACAUUUGAUGCCUCUGCCAACGGAUUUGCGAGAUCGGAAGGUGUUGCUGCUCUUAUUUUGAAGAGAUUAAGUGACGCAGUGCGAGAUGGGGACCGGAUUCAUUCAAUUAUUAUGGGGUACGGUGCAACACAGGAGGGUGAAACCAAAAGCGUAGGAACACCAACGGUUGAAAUGGAAGCUUUAGCAAUGGAACUUUCAUUGCGGGAUGCAGGAAUGAAACCCGAACAAAUACAAGUUGUGGAGGCCCACGGGACGGGUACAGCUAAGGGAGACCCACUUGAAAUUAAAGCAAUAUCAAAGGCAUACUCCGCUUCGGGUAGAACUGAUCCACUAAUCAUAACGGCCGGGAAAGCAAAUAUUGUUCAAAUUGGGAUCCAGACCUUAAAUCCAGAAAUUGAUUUGACGUCUAUUCCGGCCAUUAUACCAUUAGCUGGUAAUAUCCCUUGGGGCACUGCAUUUGAUCAACCGAAAGUUGCGGGAAUAAAUUCAUUCGGCUUUAGUGGGACUAACACAUAUAUUAUUUUGCAAGAAGCUCCCAAGUCAAUAUAUAGUACAUUUGGUUCAGUCAUGAAGAGCAAUAUUAUAACACUUUCUGCGAAAUCGGCCGAGGCUUUAUCAGAACUUGUUGACAAUUACAAGACCCAUUUGGUGUACAACACAGACAUGAGAUUAGAUGAUAUCGCCUACACAGCUAAUGUUGGGCAAGCCAAAUUUUCCAACAGAGUUGCAAUAACUGCUAGAACCAAUGAAGAAUUGGUACACAAAUUGGAUGCGAAAAACUGGUCAUCCGGAAUUGCAAAGAAACAACCAAAAAUCUGCUUCCUAUUUCCAGGACAAGCAACCCAAUAUAAAAGAAUGGGCAGCCAACUUUAUGACACCUUUCCAGUUUUCAGAGAAUAUUUUGAUUUGUGUUUCCAAACAAUUCUCAAUAUGUAUGGACUUGACAUCAAAAAUGCACUUUAUGGAGAAGAAGUAACACAUGAUAAUCUCAAGCAAACAAUGCACGCUCAGUGUUCUAUUUUUUCAAUUGAGUAUUGCUUACAAAAAUUAUGGGCUUCACUUGGGGUGCAUCCAACAAUUGUUGUUGGUCAUAGUUUGGGAGAGUUUGCUGCGGCCACUGCCGCUUCAUUAAUAACUUUUGAAGAUGCACUAAAGAUAGUGGGAGGGCAAUACAAGCUAGUUGAGACCCUCUCGCGUGGAAAAAUGUUAGCUGUUAGCGCUAACAGUGAAACAUGUUUAGCGCUAGUUUCUGAGUUCUUGAAGGAGCGACCAAGUGAAAGUACAGAUUGGAUGGACAUUGCUGCAUACAACACUGACAGACAAACUACCUUAUCCGGACCAUUUCUUGUAAUAGAUGAAUUCGCAAUAUUUUGUCAAAACAAUGCAGUGAAAGCUACCAUCUUAGAUGCUUCCCACGCAUUUCAUUCGAGAGCUUUGGAUCCCAUGUUAAAUAAACUUGAAGAUAUUCUAAAGACCAUAAAACCAGAGGUGGAGAAACCCAAUUGUAAAUUCAUUUCUUCGGUGGAUGGUACCCUCAAGUCAGCUUUAACUCCAGAAUAAUGGAUUUCUAAUUCGAGAAACGCUGUCCAAUUUAUACAAGCCACGAACGCUAUCGAAAAGCAAAUCCUGGAGGAUGAUUCCGGUGGUCAAUACAUCUUCCUCGAAGUCGGUCCACAUCCGGUCCUUUCAGGCUUGGUUCAUUCAAAUUUAUCAUUUGCUCCCCAAUGCAUCAAAUCCAUGAGGAGAGGUGGCAACGAGCUUCAAGUUUUCCUCGAGGCUGUUGGUGACUUAUAUGUUCAAUAGGUUUCAGUCGACUUUGCAAAUUUUCAUCGGGUUCACCAGGCCAAGAAAGUUUCCCUUCCAUUCUAUCCCUUCCAGCGAAAGUCUUUCUGGUUCCCUUUCAAAUCUCAAGCUGAUUAUUCCUCGUCUGCAAUGAAGGGCAUGUUGCAUCUUCCUGUGGGUAGACUGUUAGCACAACCUAAGACUUCGGAAAUGAAUGUAAAGAGAUACGAAAAUAUUAUAUCGGUUGAGUCCAACAAAUGGAUACGAGAUCAUCGUAUCGGGCAGUUUACAAUAAUUCCAGCCGCAGGGUU